AUGACCAAUGAGAAGAUCAAACAAUUAAAGGAGAUGGGUUUCUCCGAAGAACAGGCAACUGAAGCAUUGAAAGCUUCAAAUAAUGAUUUGGAAUUGGCAAUUGCUCAUUUAUUUGGAGAACCAAUCUCCCAACCAGGACCGGCUCCACCACCGCCUCCAACACAACAUUUAGAAAAUAAAGAAAAUGCCCAACUAGUUCCAUACGCUGAUACUGUUCAAGUAAAUAAUCCAAAUGAUAUACCUGAUUUCACUCUGAUGAAUGAUAACUCCAGCAGUACAGCUGAAUGGGGCGAUUUUCAACAGGAAUAUUUGCCAGGAUCUUAUGAUCAAUCAGAGGCAAACAGCAAGACUAAACAUAUUGAAAGAGAAGAUGAUUAUGACAAUGAUAAUGACUAUGAUGUCGAGUAUGAUAAUUAUUCAGCAAGUAAUAGGGAUCUAGAUAGUAGAAAUUCCGAACCCUUCGAAUCAAUUUAUAACAUUCCAUUGAGUUUUCCAAGAGAACCUGGUGUAUCUCCAGUAGUAAUACCAGUGACCACUAAUACUUUUCAAAGUUGUUUAUUAUCUUUGCUUAUUUCAUUAUCACAAAUUACUAAACUCAAACAAGUGUAUCUUAGUAAAGAUUUGAAUUAUGGAUUUGAUGAAAAUUGGUUUAACCCAAAUACGGCAUUGGAUAUUGAAAUCCCUGAGGAACACAAAGAUGAUCCAAUGUUGUACAGAUUUGUUGUUGAAGUUCAAAGAAUAUUGGGAUUCUUGACUGCAGCUAGUAAGCGUGCUUUUAUAAGUGGUGAGAAUUUGAUGAAAGCAUUACCUAAAGAGUUUACAAAUGAAGACGACGAAUGGGAAGAUUUGAUCAAGAAUUUUUAUCUGUACUUGGUCCAAGGGGCAAAUAAAAUAUUAGAUCAAGAACUAAAUUCAUUUUUCAUUACUGAAGUUGAAUGUAAUGAUGAUGAAAAAACAGAAUUGGCAACUUUACAAAUGGAUUUUGAAAUGAGAGGUUCAUCUCUUGAAGAAGGGUUUAAUACUAUGUUUUGGAGUUCAGAUUUAAACCCAUUGUUUACAAAAAUAGGUUCUUUGUUAACCAUACAAGUAUUUGGUGAUGAUGAAUCAUAUCAAACACAACAAUUUGAAAUCCCAGAAUAUUUCUACCCGGGUAUUUUUUCCAAGGAGUAUUAUUCAUUGAUUAAGAAAAUGGACCAUAAGAAAUUGAAUAUUCAUAAGGAAAGAUCAGGGAUAACGGGUAAGCUAAUGGAAUUUAGUUCAUUUGAAGGAAAAAAGAUCAAAAAGAUCCUUCAAAACAGUAUUGACUAUUUUGCCACAACCGAUGAAAAGGAAACUCAUGAUGAUUUACAAAAGCUUACAGACAAAAUCAAGAGUGAAUCAGUUAUAUUGAAUGAAAGAUUAAGGAAACUUGGACAGGAUUAUGUAAAGAUGGAUACUACUAAGCAUGAAAAUAUUCUUGAAAUGAUUAAAUCAGAAGGAAUGAAACUUCCAGAGAAGUAUUAUUUGGCAGGUGUUGUUCUUUCUGAUUCGGCAUAUAUCUAUAGAGCAAGGGACUUGACUACAUCCGAUGACGAAGAUUGGUUUCUUGUGAUGAUUGAUCUGGUAUACAAUAAUGCCCUGAAUUAUCGUUCUGAAGCAAUGAGUUUUGAAGCGGUGCAAGCUUUUGUGUUGGAAGAAACCAAACUCAAUAAUAAACAAUUGAUACUAUUUUAUUCAGCAGAACAUUCAUUUGAAGGGACCUUCAAAUUGCCUGAGAAAUUAGCAGAAUUUUUUGAUAAGGAUAACCAUUUGUUGGCAAAACAAAUAGAAGAUGCUAAAUCAAAUGCCAUUGAUGAAGACAAAGACGAAGAAGAAGAGAGUGAACAAGAUAUGGAAAUCGAUCCUGAACCACAAAGUGUUGAACUUGAAGGUGAAGACAUUAUUUCUACCGAUUAG